UUCGUUUUCAAUUCAUCUCGAAUCAGGAACAAUAAUACGGCAGUUAACACGAAGAGCAACAAAGGUUCUCCGGAGAAACAAUGCAGGAUUUAGAAGAUGUUAUAGCCUAUCAAAAGGAAUAUAUAUGUCACAUAAAUAAAAAGCUAGAAGAUUUUGAGUCAGUGGUUCGUGAAAGAGAUGACUUACGAGAAUUAUACAAACAAUUUGGAAAAAAUAAUGAUGAAAUGAAAAUUCAAAGUAGACAAGUGUUCGAAGAUCUCUUAUCUAGCUAUGAAAUUCAAACCGAAACGCUUAAGAAAGUUGCAACUGCAGAAUACCAAUGUGAACUUAGGAACGAGAAACUAGAAGACAAAAUUAGUGAUAUAGAUCACGAACUAAAAAUUCUAAAAUGCAGUGAAAACAAAUUACAAUCAGAGUUAGCAGACUCCGAAAACAAUUUGAAAUGUGUUCAGAAUGAACUAUGUACAACUAAAUUGGAAUUAGAAGAAAAAAAUAGUAUGAUUUCAAAAUUGGAGACUAAUUUUAAAGGAAAAGAACAGGAGCUACAUACAGUUAGUAGAGAACUCGAUGAGUGCAAAACAAAAUGUACUAAAUUAAAUCAAGCAAACGAGAAUUUGAAUAUGGAAUUAAACGCCACACACAAAAUUCUAAUUGACACAAAAUUAUCUGUCAAACAUUUGGAGGAAACGUUUAAACUAGAGCGAGAACAUUUAUCAGACAAGUUGGAAAUAAGUUGUAAAAAAAUUGACGACUUAGAAAUGCGUAACGAUAAAGCCAAAAGGGACUUAAACGGUGAAAGAAAUCCAUUCGGUUUUGUGGCAUCUUUUUGUGUGACAACUUUUUCGUUGUUCGAUGCACCGCAACACAUACUUGUCGUGUAA